AUGAACUAUCACGUGGAGAGACGAGCCGUAGUCCAGAUCUUUCACUGGAUACAAGCACGGUGGAGAAGUACCGGUACUUGUCCAACCAAUGAGAAUUUGUACAUGUUAUCUGUACUGGUAUCUAGCGUCACGAAGAGGCUUGUACCGUCUAAAAAGUCCGGGGAGGAAAACAGUCUCCCCGGGUUCUUCAGGAACCCGCCGAUAGCCGACCAAGAACUUAAUCCUAGACGGUUACCGAAAACUAAUCAAGAAAUUAAUCCCAGCCGGUUCUUUGACUGUGGAUUCGCAGAUAGCACAUCGGCAGUGGUAGAGAAAUCGUGUAAUUUUGUACGUUUAAAUAGGUAA